AUGACGCAAGACCCCACUUUGGUGGAAAGGGUUGAGUAUAUUUCAAUAAACGACAGUCAGCCAGAGGAGCCAGGUCCAGUGGUACCGCAUGAAAGGCAAAUUGUGGAUCAAGUCAUUGCGAUUUGGAAGGAAGACCCUACAACCGAAAAUCUUGGUGUUCCCAAACUACAUGCAAUAGUCAAGCAAAAACAUCCUAACUGGACAGUUUCCGAAAAGAGAGUCAAACAGUUGUUGAAAAAAUUUGGACUUUUGAGUAGUCAAGAACAGUAUACAUAUGCCAAGGAUAUCAAGUCGGAAUUGACACCGGAUAUCGAACUCCCGCCAAAAGUUCAAGUAGUUAUGACUUCGAAAAGAGGCAAGUGCUUGUAUGCCAAAAAGCCGAUAAGCAAAGAUGAAUUGAUUUGGAGUGAAGCACCAUUGUUUUUUGUGCCCCCCUUGGCCAAUGUCCAUUUGGUUGAGCAUGGAUCGGCUUGUGCUAAUUGCGGUAAGCUUUUGCAGCAAACUGAAAUGAAGACUGUGUUGAAAGGAUUGGAUUGUGAUGUGUGUGCGGAAGUCUGGUGCUCAAUCAAAUGUAAACAAAUGGACGCCCAGUUGCAUGGGACAUUGAAACACAACGUGUUUAACCCGAGUUUGAAAAAGCCUAAAAUUGUGGACUCAAACGCGUUUUUGGAGCUACAGGAAUACUGUUUGAAGGAGUCAUGGAAUGCAUUGUAUGCAAUAACUUUAAUCUAUGCAAAUAUGUUGUUGGAUAAGCUGGGUGUCAAGCAGAAACAAUUUAAUGCCAUGGCAAGAGUUUCUCAGGAUGUUAGGUACAAAGCAUUGGAUUCUGGUGGAGGAUCAUUUGACAACAUGAACGGUGGUGCACUUUUUGUUCAAGAGCAGCAGGAAACUUUAUGGAAGGAAGGGUAUGAGAAGUUUCUUCGAGUUUUCCCCAAAGAUCCCAUUUCGUAUAAGGAGUUUUUGCUCUUCAUGGGAACCUAUAACAUCAACAACCUUGAUUCUAGUGUAUUUUUAACUCAAUCACAUUUGAAUCACAACUGUGAUCCCAACACCACCGUCGACACGGCGCUGGAUCGUAUUUCCGGGUUGAAAGUUUAUGCCAAAAGGGACAUUAAGGAAGGUGAAGAAUUGACAACUACAUAUGUCAACCCCAGCCAUACACUUUAUCAAAGACAACGUGAAUUGAGAGUCAAUUGGGGAUUUAUAUGUACUUGUAACAAGUGCAAGAGUGAUGCUAAGGAGUCCGAGAGGAGGAAAUCUUCGUCUUCUUCGAAAAAGCAAGAUGCAAAAGAUAUUCGAAAUAUGUUGAAGGAGACCAAAAAACAGGUUGGCGAUGGUGAAAUUGAGUUGGAAAUUCCUCACGACAAUAGCACGGAGCGUAGAAAGUCGGUCAGAUUCGAUGAAACUGUUGUUGCUGUUAGCAAUUGA